CUUUUUUUUCUCGCGAUAUUUGAAACACUGCGCUCAAUCGGUCGGCAGCUUCAUCAUGGAGGAAGAGUACGGACGUAAAUGGGACCGGUGUCUUGCUGACAGCGCUGUCAAAAUCGCGGCUGGUCUUGGAGUUGGCAUAGUUCUCUCCGUCACGCUAUUCAAACGCCGCACAUGGCCAGUGGCGUUUAGUGCAGGAAUGGGACUGGGCAUGGCCUACUCCAACUGCCAGCAGGACUUCAGGUCACCGUACCUGCUGCAUGGACACAUGGUUAAGGACCAGUAGAGGAGCAUGGGACGUGCUGGUCUGGGAGGAGUUGCUGUCUUUGCUGUCAUCCGUCAUGCUGUUCGUUAACGUUUGCUUGGCGUUCUUUUGUUUGCUACCUCCACAUGUUCCUGUUCCUGGUCACCGUUGUAAUCGCUGCGUCUGGAAAGAAUGUUGUUUAUUUAAUCGCACCAUAAUGAAAAUAAUUAUAGUAAAGGCAUUUAAAAUAAAAAACAGACAAACAUCAAAAAAAAA